AUGAAUGGUUCACCAUCGAUGGACAGCGGCCACACGAACGGCCAAUCCGAUCAUCAAUCAUUUCUAGGACAUCUUGAAAAUCAACUGGAUGGCUUUCGCAAAUCGGACGCUCAACGUGAUGCUCUAGUUCAAGUGGGACAAGCUUUGUGUUUUUCCACAACCACAACCCAGGCUAAUUCCAUGACAGGAAGUUAUCCACAAACUACGAGAAUGAACUCGCUUCUCGGCGAAUGUGGCAAGCCCAAGCUCGUAACCUUGAACGCUCGCUCCAAACAACAAAUAUGGGUCUUGUAUGUUCAGAACUAUCUCUGCCAGAAGAUUGUAGCUGACAAUGGGCAGGAGGCAAGUGGAUUCGUAUUAGCCUUGAUCGACGGAGACGGUGCAAUUUUCCACGAUUACCUUUACAAGGCCGGCAGUGAUGGCGGUGCUGAUGCUGCUCAAGAAUUGCACGAUCAAAUCCGAGCCCAUGUUGCAGAAUGCUAUCCAGAUCGCAACACCUCUGGGUACGACAUCAUGGUUCAGAUAUUCUACAAUAUGGAAGGUCUCAGUCAUAAGCUCAAGAGUCUGGGUAUAUUCAAGAACCCUAAUGAGAUGGCCCCUUUCGCCAGAGCUUUCUCGCUUAACAAAUCCUUAUUUAGCUUCAUCGACGUUGGCAGUGGUAAGGAAAGGGCAGACCACAAAGUCCGAGAAACUCUGCGGCUCUUCCUACCCAACAUGCAGUGUAAGCAUGUGAUCUUUGGAGGAUGCCAUGACAACGGAUAUCUUCCUACCCUCGAUCCCUACAAGCGCGACCAGAACACUGCCCCUCGCAUCAGUUUGUUAGAGACACUACCCAUCCAACCUGGCUUCACACAGCUCGGAUUCAAGGUUGUGCAGUUCCCGACGGUCUUUAGAUCAGAGCCUUUGCCGGACAAGUCAGCUAUACCCGCCUUCUUCUCUCCAGUGGUCCAAAACACAGCAGCCACUCAGUCUACUUCCGCUUUAUCUAGUCGAAGUAACUCAUUCGCAACCGGUGGCGCAUCGGUCAACACGGCUCCAACCCCCGUACAGGCCGUCACAUCUAAUGCUGUCCAAGCCGCUACUUCCAAUCCAUCCGGUGAUAGCUCGUGGGCGACUGUGGGCAAGAACGCUCCCAAAACCAUCAACAUCGCAGCCAAGAAGGCGCCAGCUCGCAAGUUCAUCCUUCUGAACGCCUAUGAUGAGCGACUUGAUUCUAUACUACCAAAGGCCGACCAAGCAGCUACAACUCGCUUCACUGAGCGCGUACGCACUAAGAAAGUCUGUAACAAUUACCACCUCAAUGGCAAGUGCAAAGCCGGCAAGUACUGUGAUUAUGACCACGGUGAGCGCUUGAGUCCUGGCGAGCAACUGGUGCUCAAGCACCGCGCUCGUACGAGAAGCUGUCCGGACCGCGGCGAUUGUAGAGACUUCGACUGCACUGAUGGCCACGUUUGUCCUUAUGGAAAGGACUGUUAUAAUGAUAAUUGUUGGUUCCAGGAAGUACACGAUGUCGACACUAAAGUUGUAUCCAGGAUAUUUGAAAGUGGAGAACAGGAGUGGAACAUGAAGUAA